AUGGCUGGUUUAUCGCGAACCAGGCGGAGGGCCCCUCCACCGAGCCUCGAGAUCCUGCCAUUGCCGAACGAUGGAGAUGCGCCGUCGCGACAGCGGCAGCAACCUUCGCUCCCAGUUCCUCCCGACACGGCCGGCCCUCUCUCGCCCCCCGCGCUGGCAAAGCGCGAAACCCCGACGACGAGGACCCCGGGGAGGGUUUCAAUCCCCAAGCCAGCCACGACCACGACCCUCACUCCUCCCACAAGCCCCUUCUCCCCGCUGUUGGUGCCGGCCUUCCCGUCGACGCUAACCCGGUCCACCACGAAGGCGCCGGCAGCGACGACGACGGCGGCAGCGAUCCAAAGUAGCAGCACGACCAAAAGCCCGACGGUAACCGUCUUCCUGUCGAACUCGGGCCCGACGCUGCUGCUAACGGUUACGGCGCCGGCGCAAACCGUAACCGUUUCCGGCGGUACCGCUUGGAACAACACCACCACCACGACCUCAGCGGGUGCCGUUGGGGACUCCGUCGAGGCAUCGUUUGUGCAAACCAGCGCAGCGGCAAACGCUACGGCUCGUUCUGGGGCCGACCCUGCCCAGGCUAACGGCGCAAUACCCGCGCAAGCAAUCCCCGUUCUGGCCUUUCUCGCAGCCCUAGCCGGCAUUGCGCUAUUGGCAGUAGCUGCCAUCAUCCUUUACCGCCGCAGAAAAAGAGGCAGGAAAGAGUUUAAGGACGAGAUAGCAUCCGCAGGUUAA